UUGUUUUUCUCCUGCUCGUGUACUCCUCAUCCAUCGAUUGAUGAUGAUUAAGUGCUAAUUUCUUUUAAAGAAAAUAUUUUUUUUUUCUUCUUCCGUGCGGCGUCAUCAAUUCUUUUUUUUUCAAACUGGAAAUCGGGAAGAAUUGGCAUUUUUGUUGUUUGGGCAAUAUUUCCCAUGAUUUGAUGGAAAUGUCAAUAAUUCAUACACCGAAUUACAUGCAUUUCAAUUUUUAUGAAUGGACGAAUGCCGCUAAAUUUUCUUUUCAUUGUAUUGCUUAUGAGCAAUACAUGGGCUGUUGCGGCUUCAAUCGGCAUUCGGAAGGUGUUUUUGAAUGAGUUAGAGGCGAAAACAUAAAAUUUGGUGAAUUUGUAUUGUGAAAAUGCGUGAAAUACUACUGUCACUUCCAAUAUUAUUGAAAGCGCGUUGAAUUGAAAUUUCUACCACUAGACUGUGUUGGUGUCGUGGUUGUCAGCGCCAAAACAAACACAUUUACGACCGGAAACACGUAAGUGUAUUUGAAACACACUGCGUUUCUAUAAUUCAGACACACAUCGGGCCACACUACUACUACGACGCCACCACCAUGUAUGCCAUCAUCAGAGAGAUGGUUGAUGUAUUGUUGUCUCGUGUAGCCAAGCGUACCCAAGCCAUUAAACGGAUGUCGGUGCAAGUGAGACAAAUGGAUACGGCGUGAUAAGUCGGCUUGUGUGUGUAUAUACGGUGUAAAACGAAGCACCUCGUAAUCAUACAACCGACGAAUGAGACGAUAUUGUCAGUUCCCCUCGACUUCGUGUGUAUACGUUUCCAACUUCGGCUAUAAGCGACGAAAUAGAAUUUUUAUAUUGGCCACUCAAACAUCCACGUCCGCUCUCUCUCUCUCUCUCUCUCUCUCUCUCACUAACACAUACACACAUACACAUACACGUACACACCCAUACACGCAAGCAAAACACGAACACGAACACGAAAAAACCGACGACAACGAACACGAAGCCCAACAUCGUAUAGAGUGAAAAAAAGUAAAACGUAGCACACAAAGACGUGAGGUUCAAGUAAAGCAUUCAUACAUAUUUCGUGUCAGUAUUCAGUCACACUUGCUCUAACAAAGGUCACUAACACCAAUACGCCGCCGUUCCGCCGAAAAUAAAAUAAAAAUAAAAAUACAGCAAAAAAAAGAAGAGGAAAAAAACCUACAACGAAAUACGCAAACGAGCGAGAAGCGAAGAAGAAAAAAAAAAUACCCAAACGGCAAAAAGGCGAAUUAAAAAAAAGAAAAGAAGCAAAUAACACACAACACGAAGGAAGAAAAUAACGCAGAAGUAAUCACAAAUAAAGUAGUGAAUAUAGCAAACCAACGCAGAACUCUGACGACCAACAACUACAGAAAAGCUGAAGUAGUUUGUACGGUGGCAGAUUGAAGAGGAACCUUUUUUUCUGUUUGUGUGAUUAUCGCGUUCCGAAAAAAAUCACAGCAUCCACAAAAUUGUCCAUAUAUAUACAUACACACACACACACACACACACACACAGGAAGAACCGUUUACGACUAUCAGAAAAAAUACUGUGUGCGAGAAACAAAGUGAAGAAAGAAAAUCGGAAAACGUGUCGAUUUUUGUCAGAGCUGUGCAUCAACAUACGCCACACAGACCAAACAAUUAUAACGAAGAUUGAGAGAGCAAAAAUUUAACGUAAUAAACAAAAAUGGCAGCGCAAAGUAAUCCGCCAGCGAGUUUUGGGUAUACGUGGGGCUUUGCAGACAACUCACGCUCGGAUGGCUCACAAAUUGUUGAAAUAUCACCGAAUAUCAAUUAUACAGUUAGCGAUAAUAUGCCCUACUUGCAGUUAACCGAUGGAGGUAUCACCGUGCAACAAAAGGACGUGAAGGGAGCUAUCGCACACACGAAUAAAGGAGUUGUUCGCCGUAUGUUUGUCGUCAAUGAACCAUUUUCACAAGCGUCUACACAAAGCGGCAAUUUCCGUGUAAUUACGGGUAAUGCAGCCUCAUCCGUUGGAAAGAAACACGAUGUCCUCAGCAUUGGAUGCGAUAAAAACUAUCAAACAGAUCAUUCCCAUACUUUAGCCAAUGGUAUUCUGGACAAUAAGACGCAAACCGUUUUAACAUCGGCUUCGAAAAAUUCGUCGACGUUUAUGAGCUCAAUCGGAACACUUCAGCUAACACCUGAAGAAUGUAAUGAAAUUUUAAUGAAACGUGCCGCAGCUGCUGCGCAACACCAAAAUCAUACGACAAUAACGACCACUGAUGGACAGCACACAGAUUUUUUAAUACGUGAAGGUAUUUCGGUGCAAGUGCAAAAAGUGAUUCAAGGUUUGGAAGAUGCAGACGAUUCACAGGCCACAUCAUCCACACACUGUAAAUUGGAACCAGUGCUAGAGAUCAAUCCAAAAGAGGAAAUCUUAACGGCCGAAGAACAUGAAAUGGCAACGGGCGGUGCGCCCAAAGAACGCCCAUACGCUUGUGAAGAAUGCGGCAAAAGUUUUUUGCUAAAACACCAUUUAACCACUCAUGCACGCGUCCAUACGGGUGAACGGCCACAUGUGUGCGUUCAUUGUGGCAAAUCAUUUGCCCAUAAACACUGCUUAAACACACAUUUGCUGUUGCAUUCAACCGAUCGUCCAUAUCAGUGCAGCGAAUGUAAAAAGAGUUUCACACUCAAACAUCAUUUGCUUACGCAUUCACGGGUCCACAGCCGCGAGAGACCAUUCAUUUGCCAGGAGUGCGGUCGUUCGUUCCCAUUGAAACGUCAUUUGGUUACACACAGCAAAUUCCAUGCCGGCGAGCGACCAUACGUUUGUGACGAGUGUGGCGAGAGUUUUGCCCAAGAGAACCAUUUGAUCAUGCAUUCUCGAUUCCACGGAUCACUCAAUCCAUUUGUCUGUUCAGAUUGUGGUGCGACAUUUCCGCGUAAAUUUCAAUUGGUCAACCAUGGGCGCAUUCACGGCCGUGUGCCACACUCUUGCACCGUUUGCGGAAAAGAGUUCUUGCAGAAGCGAACAUUGGUGGCGCAUAUGAGGUUAUUGCACACAGGCGAUCAACCAUAUCCAUGCACAGCAUGCGGUGAAGGAUUCCGCACAAAAGCUGAACUCAACCAGCACAAUCGUGCUACUCACGGUGGAAUCAAUCCAAAUUCAGCAAACACCACGAUCGUUGUGUCUGGAUCGCAACAACAACAAAUGCGUUAUCCUGUGUUACAGCAUCAGCCACAAACUGUAACUGUUGUAAGUCAAUCAAAUAACGGCUUAGUAACUACCAUCACAUCGCCAGAAACAUCACCGAGACCGCAAUAUGCAUGCCGAGAAUGCGGUCAAGCGUUCAAUAGUCGCGAAGCCUUGGCACUUCAUCUUCGAUUACACACCGGUGACAAGAGCUUAAUGACCGAUUUAUGUGCAUUGACUGCUGCAUUGCCGGGUCAUUUCUUGAGCACGAACACAGGCGCUACUGUGUUAGCAUCGAAUCAUUCGGUUGUCCAGCAGACACCUGUGCCGGUACAAAUUUUGUCAAGCGGACAAGUAGUACAACCAAUCGUUCAGAACACACAACAUCACCAACAGCAACAGCAUCAUCAGCAGCACCAAAUGGUCCAGCAUCACAAUAACACAGGUAUGACCGAAUUAAUCGAUGUUUCUGAAACAGGCCAUCAAAGUGUAGUUGUCACAGCGCCACAACAAAAGCCGAAAACACAUUUCUGUACAAGUUGUGGUAAAGGAUUUGCUGCCAAACAUGGCCUUCUGCAGCACAAUCGCCGACAUCCGAACGGCGGCUGCACCCUGCGUACCCACGUGUGCGAAUGUGGAAAAGCAUUUUUCCAAAAGAAUCACUUGAUGCUCCAUCAGCGCCAGCACUUGGAAACAAAACCAUCGGUGGCUACGUUGCAACAACAAGCACAACAACAACAGGAUGCGCAAAAUCAACAGCUACAGACACAACAGCAAGCUCAGAAUCAGGCGCAACAGGCUCAGAACCAACAAAAUAACCAACAGCUGACCACCCGUGAAGUGUUAAUCGGAAAUCAACCGGUCCAUGUGCAGGUUCUGCAAGGAAACACCGCACAAGUAAUCAAAUAUGAAAUAAACAUUCCUCAAGAGAGUCAACAAAUCGAAUGAACAAAUUUGCCAUGUCGAUGAUGAUGAUGAGCCGAGUGAAAAAAGAUAGCAAAUAAUUAAAAGAAGAGAAAGAAAAAAAAACAAGAAUAAUGAAAGAAGAACACAUAACACACACAACACACAUACACCGAGAGAAAGAAUGGAUUAAGGAAUGAACACAAGUUUUACUUAUAAAUAAAAUCUAAAUCUAAAUCUAAA